GUGUCCGUGUGAAGUUGUGGCUGAAGUUAGUUUCCUGUCCCUCUCUCUCUCUCUCUCUCUCUCUCUCUCUCCCUCUCUCUCUCUCAGGUUUGGCUCAUGGGCUCAGGUCUGUAGGUCAGACGGGGUCAUGAGCGGACACGCGGUCCCGGUGGACUUCAGCGGACACAUGUUGGACCUGGACGAGGACGAAGACCUGGAGGUGUUCAGCAAGAACACGUCCCUGGCUGAUGGCGGUCCCAUGCCCAACUCCCCCAGCUCCCUGGUCAACCAGUACCGCCUGGAGGAGGAGGAGGAGCAGCCGGGCGCCGACGCCAAAGACUUCUUCAUCACCGUGGACAACCCCGAGAGUCAUGUGACAGCCAUCGAGACCUUCAUCAUGUACAGAGUGGUCACAAAGACGACACGGAGUGAGUUCGACUCCAGCGAGUACGAGGUGCGGCGCCGCUACCAGGACUUCCUGUGGCUCCGAGGUCGACUGGAGGAAAGCCACCCCACGCUCAUCGUCCACCCGCUGCCGGAGAAGUUUGUGAUGAAAGGCAUGGUGGAGCGCUUCAACGACGGCUUCAUCGAGACCAGGAGGAAAGCCUUGCACCGCUUCCUCAACAAGAUCUCAGAGCACCCGGUCCUGUCCUACAGCCAGCACUUCAAAGUCUUCCUGACCGCACAGGAGCUGACGUCCCACAGGAAACAGGGUCCGGGCUUCCUGAGCAGGAUGGGGGAGACGGUCAGGGCCGUGGCUAACUCUGUCCGAGGCCUGAGGAGCCGUCCAGAGGAGUUCAGCGUCAUGCAGGAGUACGUGGACCACUUCAGCACCAAGAUCUGCUCUGUGGACAAAGUCACCCAGAGGAUCAUCAAGGAGCAGAGAGAGUACCUGGACGAACUGAGGCAGUACGGGCCUACCUACACCCAGUGGGCGGAGCUAGAGGAGGACCUGGCCGAGCCUCUGAAGGGCGUGGCCGACUGCGUGGAGCGCUGCAGUCAGGAAACAGAGGAGCAGAUCCAGCAGCUGUCUGAGGUUCUGGUGCCGGCGCUGCACGAGUACGUCCUGUGUGCGGAGACACUGAAGCUCCGCCAUGAAACCUCAGCCCUCAUGAUGCUCCUGGUCCGCUCCAUACCCCAUACGCUGUCCGUUCACAGUACCACCAGCAACGACACAGGAGGAUGUUGGAGAACAGGAAGUGGGGGAAAGCUCCGUCACUGCCCACAGCCGUCCACAAGCACAGGCACGAAUGUGCACGACGAUGUUCCAGUAAGACACGCCCACUCCAGGUGA